AUGGCGGCAGCGCUUGAUCAACCCCUCUUCGAGUCGAUCGCGGGCGGUCCGGCGACCCAUGCGGCUUCAAUCACUCCGCCGCAAAGCGCCAACGGCAAGAAGGAGGCCCCCGAGGGCGUGCCUUCGGAGCUAUCGGACCUUGAACUCGACCACAAUGUCCCCGGUGCUCAGGAGGAGAUACCCUCGGUGGAAGCCGACGACGAAGUGAUUGAGCCAGAUCACUACUAUGGUGGUGGCAAGGUUCCCGUCUUCAAGCCGUUCCGGGACUUUCAGUCGUUCAUCAACAAAGUCGAGGAGUAUGGCAUGCGAUCGGGUAUUAUCAAGAUCAUCCCCCCGAAGGAGUGGUCCGAUGCCCUUCCGCCGCUCGACGAAGCCGUGAAGAAGAUUCGCGUGAAGAAUCCGAUCAUGCAGGAGUUCCACGGUUCGCACGGGACAUACACACAGGCCAACAUCGAGAGACAGCGAUCAUACAAUCUGCCCCAGUGGAAAGGAUUGUGUGAAGAAAGCAGUCACCAGCCUCCCGCACGCAGAGGUGAGCGACGCCGGAAUCAGGAGCGGGUGAAUCGCGCCCAUCCUGCGCCUCGAAACCAGACGCCUCGAGCAGACUCGCAAAAACGUCGUCCAGGUCCGGGCCGCCCGCCCAAACGGUCCAACCAGGUUAAGGUCAAGGAGGAGCCUCCUGCCGAGGAAGGCCUCGACAAGAUCAAGCCGGAAGGUCCUCCGACCCCUGUCUCCCCGGAAUCAAAUCCAGUGGAGACGAAGACGGAGGAGUUGAGCGACGGUGAAUCCCUACCCGGCCCGAAGCCCAAGGGUCGGCAGCCCAAGUCAGUUACUGCGCGCCGAAAACACAACAAGGGCGGUGAUGCAGUCGACUACGUGGACGAGGAGGCCUUUAAAGACUUCGAUUAUCGCAUUCAUGAUAGCGAAGAGUACACGGCAGAACGAUGCGAGGAGCUAGAAACCGCUUACUGGAAGUCCUUGAUGUUCAACAAUCCGCUGUACGGCGCUGAUAUGCCUGGCUCCCUCUUCGAUGACAAUAUCACGACUUCGUGGAACGUCGCCCGGUUACCGAAUUUGUUGGACGUGCUCGGGCAGAAAGUGCCGGGUGUUAAUACUGCAUAUCUCUAUCUGGGUAUGUGGAAAGCGACUUUCGCCUGGCACCUGGAGGACAUGGAUCUGUACAGCAUCAACUAUAUCCAUUUCGGAGCUCCGAAGCAAUGGUACAGCAUUUCUCAGGAGGAUGCUCCUCGGUUCGAACAGGCCAUGAAGAGUAUAUGGCAGAGUGAUGCCAAGAGCUGCGACCAAUUCCUCCGCCACAAAACUUACCUUGUCUCGCCUAGUCUAUUAAAGUCACAGUAUGGCAUCACAGUCAACAGACUGGUGCAUUACGAGGGCGAAUUCGUCAUCACUUAUCCAUAUGGCUACCACUCUGGCUACAAUUUGGGUUACAACUGUGCCGAAUCCGUUAAUUUCGCCACGGAAAAGUGGUUGGACUAUGGACGGGUGGCCAAGAAGUGCCACUGCGAAGCUGACAGUGUCUGGAUUGAUGUUGACGAGAUCGAACGAAAGCUUCGCGGGGAGGCAACUCCUGAAUAUUAUGGAGAAUACGACAGUGACCUGGAUGCGAUGGAAGGCGUGUCGGAUCUACUGACACCGCCUCGCAGUGUUCCCGAGAAGACAUCUACUCGGGGGCGCAAGCGGAAGCAGGACGGCGAAACCACCAAGGCAAAACGUAUACGUAUGAGUAUGGAUGUUCCGCGGAAAAUCCCCUGCGUUUUGUGUCCCAACAAUCUUGACUACGAAGAUCUCUUACCAACCGAGGAUGGCAAGGCACACGCCCAUCGGCGUUGUGCUCUGUAUACAGAGGAGACAACGAUUCUUCGGGACGAGAGUGGACGGGAGGUGGUGUGCGAUGUGGAUAAAGUCCCCAAGGCUCGCAUGGGCCUCAAGUGCCUUUUUUGCCGCGAGGUGCGCGGUGCUUGCUUCCAAUGCAAUUUCGGCAAAUGUACCCGUUCCUACCAUGCCACUUGUGCGCUUCUGGCUGGUGUGCAAGUGGAGGAAGGUGUGAUCGCCGUGAUCGCCGACGAUGGCGAGCAGUAUUCGAUCCCUAGCGUGGACCUUAAAUGCAAGUACCACCGCCAAAAGAAACCGUCGUGGAUGGGCAACGGCGACUCGCUCGAUUACGACCGCAAACUCAUGCAAACCGCACGGCGUUUGGUGGCUGGGGAGCUAGUGCAGUUCCAGGCGGACAAGGAAAUCAAUGGGGCGGUGGUGCUUGAGAACCGACCUGAGGAACGAAUGUUGCUGGUCAAGGUGCUUCCUAGAGGUAAUUUCUCACCGCUGGCACCAGGAACCAAGCCUCUUCCUGCCCACUUGGCUCGGAAGCCCGAGAGCCGGAAAGAGUUGGAGUCAGCCGUGCCGGUGGCAGGAAAUCCGUUUGGCGAUGGAGACUCCCCGUAUCAGUGGGCCGAAUUCGAGACGGUGGACAGCACUAGUUACCACAUUGCCCCACCAUCGGCGCCCAUCAACCUCAUGCAGGGCGAGAAGAUCUGGUAUUAUCUGGGCGAAUCGUCCACUGAAUGUAGGGCUCAGUAUACGCACAACCCUACUGUGCCUGUCCACAACCAGCGGGCGAAUUUCCUGGACAGCGUUAAGUCCCUUGGCGCUGUGAUGGCCCGGGUCCCCUCUUACCAACCCCACCAUCGUCUCCCUGCCACGACUCCGUAUGCCCCUCACUUUGCUGGCGUUCCUCCUCACCACCAACACCUUCUGUCGCUUCCCACCGCCUCUGCUAUCGGUGCUGCUGCUCAUUCUUCUCUUGCCCCUCCACGCCCUGCGCUUUCUGCUGCUGCUGCUGCUCCUCCUCCGCCUCCUGCUGCGAUGCCGUCUGCUUACCGUACCCUGCCAACGCAAUCUGCCCGUCAUGCCCCGUACCCGCACGUCACCAAGUCGCAUUUGCAGCCUCAUGCUCGUCAACACUCCCAGACUCAUCCCACCCAUCAUUAUCCGCCGUCCCAUUUAGUACAACAGCAGCAGCAGCAGAACAAUCACCACCACCACCUUCCCGCAAACAAUUUUGCCAAUGUUCGGGAGCUAAUCGCUCGCCGUCGCCUGGCUCAGAUUACCGACCAUGCCAAUGUUUUCGCCGGAUACAUCAUUGUCAGCCCCGAGCUGGUUGUUGACACGCUCCUGGGUCCGAUGGGAUCUGUCCCACCGCCCAAUGGCCUAGAGAAGUUGGAACUAGCUAUGGCUCAGCAGCGGGUACAACCCCGGGCGCCUGAUGGCUCUCUUCUCUCGCUACAACCCCUGAACAUGCGAUCAGAAGAGGUGACUCGGCUGUUGCAGAUGCUCCGCUUCUCGCUGGUGAGUCAUCGGGACCGGCUUGACGUGCUGCAAAAGAAGGAACCGGAACCCAUCAAGCAAGAGGCGGUGAACGGCAGCGGCUUGGCGCUCUCGAAAGUGCCACGCACCUACGCUUAUCUCGAGCAACAGCGUGAGCAGGUCCCGACCGUCUACCAGUCUCCCUACGACAUGCCGUCUGGCUUCACGGAAUAUGCCCAGAAGACCUUUGGCCUCACCCGCGUUGAACCUGAACUUCCCCGGCCUUCUCUCGCCAACGAUUUCUUCGCCAGCCUCUCUCCUGCCGACCAAGAGAAGAUCCUUAAGACAUGUGGGAGUUUCGUGCAACGGGCCAUCGAACGGUCGGCCAGCCAUAGUCGUCAAAGUUCAGCUUCCAACCUCCGCCUGGCAACAGCCCUAGCUCGGCAAACGGAGAACCCAACCAUAGAUAUCACGACGGUGGAGGACAUGCCGUUCCCCAACUUGGACCUGCCGUUGCACGCCGACUCUCCCUGCUCGAACUUCAGCCGGUCGCAUCUGCGAUUCCAGUCCCCGAACGAUUUUGCUCAUCACGCCCCGGAAAACCAUCAUGACCACCAUGAUCUCUUUGGCGAUCAACAGGCGAAUACGAGGUUUUGGCAACAUGGGCCGUGGGCCGCUGGCGAUGGGAACACUCCGAACGAGGAGAGUCGACCGUUCUUUGGGCCCCAUGAACGACUCAAGCAUGAUUAUGCGUCGUCCGACAUCUCUCUGGGUCGCGGAGGUCCGGGUUCCUUGCACUCAGUCGAUAUGGCUGGGUUCGGCAUGGACGGGACGGAAGAUAUUGGCGCGGUGCUCAGCCCCUAA